UUGGGAAUUGAAAUGAAGGCCCAGGUGUCCCAACAUGCCCUGGUAUUUAUGGACACGGGGCAGGGAGUGGCGCAGAUCUGCCUUGGGAAGUAGGGUUGGGGAACCCGGAAGGUUCCCUGGUACACUGUCCCUACUUCCCGGGUCUGAUAGAGAAGCAACCUUUCCCCCACCUCCAUCCUUAGAGUCCCUGUCUCCAUUUACUGUCUCUGUCCUUGUCAUACCCACAUCACCCCCAACCCAGCAAACCAGAUUGCCUGGAGCCUCAGAGAAACCUGAAAAUAAAAACAUUCUCAUAGCUGCAGCCAGGACUUACUGUCAGGGCAGGGCAGGGCAGGCUAUAGGACGUGGCGCCCCAGUGAGGCAGCUCUACCCACAGAGAGAAUUUCCAAAUUCCUGAAUGUGUCUGCCUGCCCACUGGUCUCCUAAGUGCCCUGGCGCCUAGAAGAGAGUGUGAGCCUCGGCAGGCAUUGGAGCAGGAGCUCUUGGCUGGAGGAAGUGGAGGGGCCGUGGGAUGUGGAGAGCCGAAAGCUGACACAUCUGACUCGAGGACAGCAGAGCGGAGCGCGCUGCCAGCGAACAGACGGUAGACGAGCCUGUAUCUUCCUUCCAGAAUGACCAGUGCUGCCCCUGCUAAGAAACCGUACCGGAAGGCACCUCCAGAGCAUCGGGAGCUGCGUCUGGAGACCCCUGGGUCCCCGCUCGAGCAAGAGGGGCCCCUGACUGACGCAGAGAGGAUGAAACUUUUGCAGCAGGAGAAUGAGGAGCUUCGCCGACGCCUGGCCUCAGCCACCCGACGCACUGAGGCCUUGGAGCGGGAGCUGGAAAUAGGACAAGACUGCCUGGAACUGGAGUUGGGCCAGAGCCGUGAGGAGCUGGACAAGUUCAAAGACAAAUUCCGCAGGCUGCAGAACAGCUACACAGCUUCCCAGCGGACCAACCAGGAGCUGGAGGACAAGCUGCACACACUGGCCUCUCUUAGCCACAGCUGGAUUUUUGCAAUCAAGAAGGCUGAGAUGGAUAGAAAGACCCUGGACUGGGAGAUUGUGGAGCUGACCAACAAGCUGCUGGAUGCCAAGAAUACCAUCAAUAAGCUGGAGGAGCUCAAUGAGCGGUACCGGCUGGACUGCAACCUGGCGGUGCAGCUCCUCAAGUGCAACAAGUCCCACUUCCGGAACCACAAGCUUGCUGAUCUACCCUGUGAGCUACAGGACAUGGUCAGGAAACAUCUGCGUAGUGGUCAGGAGGCCGCCAGCCCCAGCCCUUCUUCCAGCCUGGCCGCAGGGGCUGUGGUGCCUACCUCAGUCAUUGCCCGGGUGUUGGAGAAACCGGAGUCUCUCCUGCUCAAUUCAGCCCAGUCAGGCAGUGCCGGACGCCCCUUGGCUGAGGAUGUCUUCGUGCAUGUGGACAUGAGUGGGGAUGCUCCAGGUGACUCAGCCAGCCCCCCGGCCCCUGGCAGUCCCUCUCCACAACCCAAUGGGGAGUGCUGCUCUCUGAGUACUGCAGGAGGCUCCCCAGAGGAGGAGCUGCCCCUGCCAGCCUUUGAGAAGCUGAGUCCCUACCCUACCCCGUCUCCACCACACCCGUUGUACCCUGGUCGGAAGGUGAUCGAAUUUUCUGAGGAUAAGAUUCGAAUUCCACGCAACAGUCCCCUACCCAACUGUACUUACGCCACUCGACAGGCCAUCUCCCUGAGCCUGGUGGAGGAGGGGGGUGAGCGCGUCCACCGCAGCCCAGUGCCUAGCAGUCCUGCCUCAGCCCAAGGCUCACCCCAUCACCAACCUAGUCCAGCCCCCUCCGCACUCAGUGCCCCAGCCAGCUCGGCCAGCUCCGAGGAGGACCUGCUGGCCAGCUGGCAGCGUGCAUUUGUGGACCGCACCCCGCCUCCCGCCGCUGUGGCCCAGCGCACAGCCUUUGGGCGAGAUGCCCUCCCUGAGCUACAGCUCCAUUUCUCCCCGAGCCCCGCGGAGGCCCCACCACCUUCCCCACACCAGGGGAGUGGACUUCUGCUGCCGACAGAGCCUGACUCUGCCUGUCCCAGGGAGGAGGAGGAGGAAAUGCUGAACCUGCCUGUCAGCCCUGAGGAAGAGCGCCAGAGCCUGCUGCCUGGUAAUGAGGGUGCAGAGGAUGGACCUCACACUUCCCACAUUGAUGGCAGGGCCUGGCCACUCCCCACCGCCAGCCGCCCUCAGCGCAGCCCCAAGAGGAUGGGGGUGCACCGCCUGCACCGCAAGGACAGCCUGACACAGGCGCAGGAGCAGGGCACCCUGCUCAGCUGAGGCCACCGCCUCUCGGGGCUGCGUGCGGCUGGCUCCUGAACUCUCCUCAGACCUGGGGAGCUCUGUGUCCUAUGUGAAUGGGGCCCACACCAAAUCUUGCGGCUUGCCUCCUGACACUCUCUUUUCCUCUUGGAAUACUUCUUCUCCAAAGGUAAUAAGUCAUUUCAGUCCCAAGUCAGCCCAGGUGUUAUCACGGGGAGGCGCCCGGCUGCCAGUGUUCUUUUCCAUUCUCCUUCCUAUCCAGGAGCUUGGGUUGUUAGGGGACGGGAUCAUUGAGGCUCCUGACCUCCAAGAACUCUUGUCCUCUGCAUGAGCUGCUCUUUGGCCUGGCCCAGCUGGACCUAGGGACAAGGGUGGACUCACUCAGGGCUCCCCUCAGCUGUUCCCACCGUCCCUUCCAGAGAGAGGGUGGGACUUCAGGGGCCUCAGGCUAGGCUCCAGUGAGGCCUGGCUCUCUUAACCUUGGCUCUAGACUGUUACUCCCAGAUUGGGGAAAUUUUCACAUUGACUGUUUUAAAAUCGAAUAAAACUUAUUUUACAGGUAUG